AUGGAAAGCGAUAAUCGACGCCCCAAAAACCUCGUUCCCUUCUCGGAGCGUGUUGCUGGCUUUCUCACGAACAGGUACAGCUGGAAUUUCCCUUUUCAAGAGGAGAUUCUCGUGCAGAAAAAUGGCACACCAUCUCUGGACUUUCGAAACGAAUUGCCACUUGAUCAGGACGACUUCAGAAAAUCUUUCAUACGACGGCAACAUGACGCCCCCGAGGAACAGUCUCGGCUCGAUCCAGAAUUACUUCCGAAUGAAAACCUAGUCCAAACAAUAUUACUGCCAGCGACGAUUAUUUGCAUCCCUAUCACUCUUCUAGCUGGUACUCUGCUUGCCCUGAUCUAUAUGUACCAAGUCCACCCUGUCCCGAAUCUGUUCAAGCCAACAGAAAAGUCACUUCAUGGGCCUGGUUUUGUUCUCGUCAACUUUGCUGCAACCCGGUUAGUUUUCGUCGCCAGCUUCCUGUCUACAGUGGCACCUUUGCUGGGUUCCUUCAUAUUGUCUAUCUUUGCGCUUCCCGUCUCGAGGAAACUGCGGGAUGCAUCCAGAGAAGCAAAAUAUCUCAACCUACCGACACCCUUUCAGAUGAGCUUACUGAUCGGGAUUCUGGUCGCCUCUGCACAGCAAUUACGAUCGUACCUUUGGUAUCUCGUCCGCCGGCGGAGACCCAGCAUCCCGCCGGUCUUGCACUGUGCAGCCUCCAUGAUGCUCCUCAGUUUGUUGAUGGCUGCCGGUGUGUUCAUAGCGGACACUAUCUUGCAUUACACGACGUCGACCGUUGAGUUUGAUCAGAUCUUUGUUCCUCCGGAACCCAACCAGGAAUUUGGACGUGGCCUCUCAGACUUCUGCUUGACCUUUAACCGAACCUUUGUGGGAUUUCCCUGUUCCGACACGACCGACUCCGGGGUAGUUGACCCCAACGCAAACUUCGAGGCAACAGAAUCAAAUCGGCUCUUCCACAACGCCUCGCAACUUUCCGAGAUUCGAAUCACGGCGACAGACGGCGUUCCAGAGGCUGAUCUAGCAUAUCUCAUCCCACAGCAAGAGACCAUUGUCCCCAACACUGAUUAUGAAGCGUCCACCAUUGGUAUCUCAACAACAUGUCGUUUUGUCAAUCCAGCUAGCUGCGGCAUGGUACUCUGGGAUGAUUACUAUACCAACUUCAGCUGCACCAACAUGUUCCACGGCACCAUCGGGAUGCCACCCAUCGUGAGCACCAACUUAAACAAUCCACGCCCUGCGGAUCCAUAUCGCUCGUUCUUGAUGUACAAGGUGGCUGCGAACCUGAUGUACUCGUUUUUCAGCGACUCAGGAAUGGAAAACAUUUACAAUACCGUCGGCUACAACGACUCCGGCGAAUUCGAUCUGAGCAUCUCUCCAUAUCCCAACUCUGAAUUGGUGAAUCCGUUCUAUGUCGGCAUCGCUGCGCGAAUCUCCACAACAAGUGGACAGUUUGUGGCUGGUAAUGAAAUGACGGCGAACAACUCGGACGCCACUUUCGUUAGCAACGGCGUCCUGGACUUCAUUCUCAAUUGUGCCGUGGCCUCUUACGACAUCUCGUAUACCUGGGUUGACGGAGGCUUGCAGAAUAUCAACGCCGUGCCAACCGGCAAUGGCAGCGUUCUGGAAAUAUUCCAUGGCUCUUUACUGUACGCGACGAUCAAUGGAGGUGAUCCUGAUCUCCAAGAUUUCCUCACGCAGGCUGCACUGGCUGGAAAUACGACUGGGUCCUUCCUGCGGAAAUUCGGAAGUUUGUACUCUACCAAGGUCUUAGCAAACAUCGGCGGUUACACUACGGGUCGCCUUGCCCUUGCUCAACAGCAGCGUGACCACAUGCUGCUUUCCAAAGUGCCUAUCCCGCCUCUGGCUAUGCUGGUGGCGUGGAGUUUCUGCUAUCCCUUGCUGGGGCUGAUACUUGCUUUCCAAGCGUACUGGGCAUCCCGGGGCAAUGUUCGCGAUAUCGCAGCAAAAUUGAGCUUGCUCGGGCUCUCUCAGGCCGCGUUUGGAGAUAAGCAAAUGGGAGCAUCGAGUAGUGGAACCACAUCGAGGGAGGAUGUAGACCAGACUCUCAAGCAAGAGACGAGGCGGAUUCUUGUCGACGGUAGCGCCCAACAAGGCUUCGAGUUUGGUGUCAUGCUAUGA